AUGUUCGCAAUUCCACCCCCUCCACGAUAUCCAACGCAUAACGGAAUGCCGCCUACUCCAUUGGAAACUGCGAACCAGAUCUCACACCCUGAGGGACCAGAAUACAGCUUCCAGUCUGGCGAAGGCAUAUACGUGCUCCGGGAAGACAUCCAGCUCGCUACCCCACCACCACAUCCUUCGGAAAUACCAGUCACAAAUCCGAAUCCGCUUGCGACUACAACUAAUCCUCCUACUAGUGGUGUAAAGCUCUCGGUCAUUACCGUGAAACCACGCCAGGUCCGGAAUCAGCUCAACAGAGCCAAUACGACCACGAGUAACCUGCUGAGAUGGCGCGCAUUAGGCAGACAAGACACCAACAAAGCCAAAGACACGAAGGAGGUCACACAGGUAGAUGCAGACGCCAAAGUGCUAUCGGAUGCGAGCAGUGACAGGAGCGCGAUUGCAGCCAGCACUCGUUCGUCUACCGCGCCAGCUUUUGGCGAAGGCAACAUUGCUCUGACACUGACCAAUUCGAGAGAUGUUCUCAAGAGGAGGAAACCCAAGAAUAACAUGGUAAAAAGUAAUUCCUCCUUCGUUUCACGCGUCAUUCCCCACGAUCAUCUCACAAAAAGAUUGGCGGAACGAGACUCUAGCGGCAGCUUUGCGUUUGUGAACGUCAACAGGGCUUUUCAGUGGCUCGAUAUGUCCUCGUCCACAAAAGCUGAACCACUCACCAAGAUCCUUUUUACCAAGGCUCACAUGCUGUGCCACGACGUAAAUCCUUUGACUAAGGACGAAACUCAUAUCGAUGUCCUCAUGGGCUCAUCAGCCAGCGACAUCAUAUGGUACGAGCCGAUAUCCCAGAAAUAUGCUCGAAUAAACAAGAACGGCAUGAUCAAUAGCACGCCAGUAUCGAAAAUCAAAUGGAUCCCUGGUUCAGAAAGUCUCUUUCUUGCAGCCCACCAAGAUGGCUCAUUAGUGGUCUACGACAAGGAAAAAGAAGAUGCUCCUUUCGUACCUGAAGUGGUCAUUGAUGAAGCUAUCAGUAUCGAAGACGAUCCUGAUUCUCAACUGAACGUGACGAAAAGCGUUAAUUCCGCAAACCAGAAGGCAAACCCGGUCGCCUGCUGGAAGCUCUGCUCGCAACCAAUAAAUGAUUUUGCUUUUUCGCCAGACAGUCGUCACUUGGCGGUUGUGGCUGAAGAUGGCUAUUUACGCAUCGUCGAUUACCUUAAGGAGACUCUAAGAGAUGUGUUCUCUUCUUAUUACGGAGGCUUUACAUGCGUUUGUUGGUCUCCAGAUGGCAAGUAUAUUCUUACGGGAGGCCAAGACGAUCUCGUCUCAAUAUGGUCGCUUGCUGACCGACAAAUUGUUGCUCGCUGUCCGGGGCACGACUCAUGGGUCACAGCAGUUGCAUUCGACCCAUGGCGCUGUGACGACAAGACAUAUCGAUUCGGCAGCAUAGGGGACGACUGCAAGCUGCUACUUUGGGACUUCAGUGUAGGCAUGCUGCAUCGACCUAAGGGUACUCUUGCAAGGGCACGAGGCAGUGUCUCGGGCCAAUCGUUUUCGCUGAAUAGGCAUCGGACAGAAAGUGCGUCGGUCAACCGAAUGAGGUCAAAUUCCAGUCGCUCGCAGGGGAAUCAGCAGGAAGACGACGAGGCUGAAGCUGAUUUUCUCAACCAUCCGAUUGAACCUCGUGCUCGGACAGCUCAACUUCCACCCGUAAUGGUAAAGACUGUGGACCCACAUCCAUUGUGUGGGCUUGCGUUCGAGCAAGACUGUAUCAUCACAUCAUGUCAGGAUGGACAUGUGAGAACGUGGGACAGGCCUGCUCAAGACGCGACAUAG